AUGAAGUCUGUCAUUGCUCUUGCACUUCUCUCCGUUGCCUUCGCGGCUCCUCAGGGAGGCUCAAACAAUGCUGCUCUUGAGAAACGUCAGUUCAGCCCAGCCGAGCUUGAUGCCUUUUUCGACUCUCUUAGCUCUCUUCUCGGCCAGCUGCCUACGGUUCCCGUGACAGAUAUCCUAACUUUCUCGACUUCUGUCUCUGGUACCCCCACUGAGGUCCCCAUCACCACGACUGCUGCCUUUGACGAUGGCACUCUUCCCUUUGCCAAGCGCCAGUCUCCCGCAGACCUUGAAGCUAUCAUCUCCUCUCUUAGCGCUCUCAUCUCGACUACUGCCACCCCCACUGAAGCCAUUGGUUGCGCCACUGAUGUUGUCGAUGUCCCUACUACUGUUAAUGGCGUUCCUACCGAGGUUUCCAGCGUUGCUGCUGUCCCUACUGCCGUCGCACCCACUGCAGCACCCGCUGGGGCCCCGGCUGCUCCCGCUGCUCCCGGCGGUGCCUGA